AUGUUAAAGUACGUCCUCUUGUCAGUAUUAGUGUUGGCUGCGAUCGCAGAGAAGAAAGAAGAAGAGAAAGGAACCUUCCAGGGCCAGAAAUUGAGCUGGAAGGAAGACGAUGGGCUCGAGGUCAAGAUCAUCAGACCCAUCGCUGCCGAGAAGUGCAAGAUCAAGUCCCAGCCUGGUGAUGAAGCUCAUCAAUUCUACAAGUUGUCCGACAAAGACGGAAAGGAGAUCGGCUCCAACUUUGGAGGAACACCGUAAUUAAAAAAAUACUGUAAUUUAUCGUAUUUCAGAUAUGUAUUUGAAUUGGGGUCAGGCCAAGUUAUCGCUGGAAUGGACCGUGCAAUGACCGGCAAGUUUAACUUUGCUGUCGUAAACGAAUUUCUGAUUCCUUUCUAACGGUCUUCUUUACAGGAAUGUGCAUUGGAGAGAAGAGGAAGGUCGUUAUUCCUGGAAAACUUGGAUUCGGGGAUGCUGGCAGGGAGCGGUGAGUUGACGCCGUUUAUGCAAAAGACAACUCAACAAACGACUAACAAAUCAUAAUCUUUGAUGUGUUUUAGUGAUAACAUCGAAGGAGAUCAGACUCUUUACUAUACCGUUCAGCUAGUCGACCUUGUUCGCCCUAACCCUGGAGAGGAGUGGACCACCGAAGAGGGAGUUCAGAUCAAGCAGACCCACAAGAUCGAGGAAGACAAGUGCCGCAAAUCGGCUCCAGGAGAUACGAUCCAUCAACAUUACAAGCUGACCCUUGAAGACGGCACCUUCGUGGACUCUUCUUUCUCUAGAAAUGCCCCUUUCAUCUUUAAAUUGGGAGCCAAGGAAGUGAUCAAGGGAAUGGACAUCGCCAUGACCAACAUGUGUGAGGGAGAACGACGUCAUGUGGUGAUUCCUCCUCAUCUCGGCUACGGAGUUGAUGGCCGACCUCCACAGAUCCCCGGCAACUCAACCCUUUACUUUGAUAUCGAACUCCACAAGCUGAUCAAGAGAGAUGAACUUUAA